AUGGGCUUCCUGCAAGAUAUGACGAGGAGGCUACCGACCUCAAAGGACAGUCUAGACAAGCUGGACGACCUACCGCGCCGCGCCGAAAAGAACUCCCCACGGUUGUCCUUCUUUCGACGCAGGAUACGGCUGAAGGGGAGUUCUUCUGUGUCGAUACCACUGGGCCUGGUGCUACUGUUUCCAUGUCUCGUUAUAAUAAUAAUCAUAAUUCUGUUCGUAAAGUCUCCAGACUCGCAGGGCAUUAUGAACAUGCCCGCCGGCGGCCCUCCCUCGAUAAGACGGAUAAGCGAGAAGUACGAUAAGCCAUUCGCAGUAGGCUGCCUCGAGCCGCAGGUCAACGGACCCCGAGCAAACGCUGCAUUCGUAGUCCUAGCGAGAAACAAGGAGUUGGAUGGAGUCAUACAGUCGGUCAAGUCGAUUGAGAGACAUUUCAAUCGGUGGUUCCACUACCCAUACGUCUUCCUCAACGACGGAGACUUCAACGAGACGUUCAGGGAGACGGUCUUGGCUCAUGUCAGUGCUCCAGUGGAGUGGGGUAAGAUCCCUCCCGAGCAAUGGGGCUUCCCCGACUGGGUAGAUCCCGAUGUUGCGAAGGAAGGAAUCGCCAAGCAGGGUGACAGGGCCAUCAUGUACGGUGGUAUGGAGAGCUACCAUCACAUGUGCAGGUUCUACUCGGGUAAAUUCUACCAACACGAACUACUCGCCAAAUACGACUGGUACUGGCGCCUCGAGCCUGAGAUCAAGUACUUCUGCGACAUCACAUACGAUCCCUUUAUCCACAUGAUCCGGAACAAGAAGACAUAUGGCUUCACCAUCGCGGUGAAGGAGCUACGAGAAACCGUCCCCAACAUCUGGCGAUAUGCCUCGGCCUACAAGCGUAACAACAACCUGACCUCCAAGGGUAUGUGGGAGAUGUUCGUGGAGAAGCCGAAAGAGGAGGACGAGAAGGCGCCAAAGACAGAGCCCAAGAAGAAGAACUUCUUCCCCCAGGACAUAAUGGAUGCCGAGUUCGGCACAGAGGCCAUGCCUGAAAUCCACCCAGAGAACAUGGAGGGCGAAUCGUACAACAUGUGCCAUUUCUGGAGCAAUUUCGAAAUCGCCAAUCUGAACUGGUUCCGCAGCAAAGAGUACAACGACUUUUUCGAGUUGAUGGAUCGUAGCGGCGGGUUCUGGAUGGAGAGAUGGGGAGAUGCGCCCAUCCACUCGCUAGCUGUUGGUGCACUACUUGGCCCUGAGGAUAUCCACUACUUCCGCGACUUUGGAUACCGGCAUACGACCAUCCAACAUUGUCCCGCCAACGCACCUGCGCGACAACUCGCCCGAGAACCAUAUCUUGAGAAGACGACACUCGACGAGAAGGAGCGACUGGAAGAAGACAAGUACUGGGCGUCAUAUGACCCAGUCAAGGAAAACGGUGUCGGUUGUCGCUGCAAAUGCGACCAGGAUAUUGUCGACGUAGAGGGCAAAGAAGGAUCCUGCCUGACGGAAUGGGUAGAAGUGGCUGGUGGCUGGGCAUCACCUGGGCCUGACGGACCAUGA